AUCAGUGCCCUGCUCCUAAGCAAUUUGACCUCCCCCAUGGCCGCAUGGGAUCCGUUCCUGGAUCCCGCGGACGAUGGACCACAGGAUCUGAAGGUGGAGUUGGAUCGGCAUCCGGAUCCGGUGCUGAAAGAUGUCCCGUUGGAUCCCUGGAACGACAGCACUUUCGUGGCCUUGGCGCAAGAAGCUGCGCGGGAGGCGGAGGAACGCUAUGAGGCAGCCAUGAAGGUCUUGGAGAUGCAGCAGGAGUCGGAAAGAAAGGAGAGUGAAGCCAAAGAAGCUCGGAGAUUGAAGUUGGAGAAAGAGGCUAGAGAGAUUGCCAAACUCAGCAUCCAGGAGAGAAGAGAAAGAUUAUUGGAGCGCCAGGUGUAUGCAGAGAUGGCCAUGGAAGCCAUUGGCCAAGCACCAGCGAUUGCAGCAAUGCAUAGGAAGUCCAAAGGAAGGGAUCUGGAUGAACCCGAAGACUUAGCACUGGGCAGGGCAGCUGCCCAGAUUGCUGCAGCUGAUAUGGGGGUGAAGAUCAACUUCAAAAGUAAGGAUGAGGCUUCGCGCCCCGUCGCAUUGCUGUUUCCGGAUCAGAAUUCCAAGAGCCUGAAGAUGCUGAAAGGCUUGCAGGAGCUCCCGGAAGCGCGACGCCUGCGCGAAGCUUCGCGGCAGCUGUUGGGCUUCGACCCGUUGGAGGGUCCGGGGGUCCUGGGCUUCUACGAGCUGCUGCGGGGACCCGAAGGUUGGCUGGAGCACACGCAGUUCUGUCAACCCGUGAUGUAUUUGACACAACUGGCCGCUGUAGAGAAGCUGCGGGACAAACGUCCUGGAGCUCUCGAAAGGUGUAAAGCGGUCGCUGGGCUCUCCCUGGGCGACUAUGCGGCUCUGACCUACGCAGGGGUCUGGGACUUUGAGACAGGCCUGCGUGCCGUGCAGCUGCGUGCCGAGGUCAUGGAGGCAGCCAUUGCUGCAGCACCUCAAGCUGCACUGGCUGUCGCGGGCUUGCCUGAGGAACUUCUUCAGCAACUUUGCGAGCAAUGUCGGGAGGCCUCUUCUGAAGCCUCUGUUUGUGGCAUUGCCCAGCGCUUGUUCCCGCAAGGCUUCGUUUGCGCUGGCACCCUGGCUGCGAUGGAGCAGCUGCUGGAACGAGCCAGAAGAAGUCAAGGCUGCAAACAGGUGCAAUGGUUGAAACUCGCCGGUGCUUGUCACACAAGCCUCAUGGACUCGGCCAAAGAAGAGUUGCUGAAUCUGCUUGAGAGCUUCAGAAGUAGCAUGCAGCCGCCCAGGAUUGAUGUGUACUUAAGCUGUGGAACGAAGGUUCCGGCUGGUCGUUCACCGGAAGCUCUGCCUGAGCUUCUGGCUCAGCAGCUAACGAGUCCAGCGAACUGGAGUGACACCGUUGCGCUGAUGCUGCAGGAUGGUUGCGGUGAGUUCUACGAGUGCGGACCGCUGAACCAGCUGAAGGGCAUCAUGAAACGAAUCGAUGCCAAAGCUCACCAGGCCACUGUAUCGUUGGAUGUGUACAGCGAGGAAGGUCAGAUGAAGCCUGGGGGCAGCCUGCCGCCACGCUGGGCCCAAGGAGCUGGCUGUUUGAGCUGAAUCUUCCGGUAAAAUGC